UUUCUCUUUCCCCGCCCACCCCAGCACUUCCGCCUUGAGUCCCCUAGCAACGGAGGCCUGUGGUAGCGCCGCGGUUGUUAAGCCUUCUCCGCGCAGUCAUGGCCGAAGUAGAGGAAACUUUAAAGAGGAUUCAAGGCCAUAAAGGAGUUAUUGGAACUAUUGUUGUAAAUGCAGAAGGCAUCCCAAUCAGAACAACUCUCGACAACUCCACUACGGUGCAAUAUGCAGGUCUCCUUCAUCAGCUCACAAUGAAGGCAAAGAGCACAGUGAGAGACAUCGAUCCCCAGAAUGAUCUAACCUUUCUCAGGAUUAGAUCAAAGAAACAUGAAAUCAUGGUUGCCCCAGAUAAGGAAUAUCUUCUUAUUGUUAUCCAGAAUCCGUGCGAAUAGAGAAGCCACACCAAUUUAUUGGAGCAGCGCUACAGUUUUUAAAAUGACAUUCAUUUGCUACAGAUAAAUAAUGUCUUAACAUUCCACUAAGAAACUUGUCUAGUAACUUGUCAGGAAUGGAAGCUUUUGAAAGCUAAAAUCUCUUGUGUGUGCAACCUCAUCUCUUGAAUUUGCAUCUGGAUUAAUGAAAACUUGUGUUUUAACUUUCUAAAGGACAAUAAACCUAAAUGCUUCAA